GCUCCUCUCAGUCUCAGCCAAGCAUUGCGGACUGGCGCCGAGGUCUCUUCACAAUCCACGACAUCAGUGGAUUCCAGUGAUGCUCUCCAGUCCCAUGACUUCAACGCCGUUCUCCGUCAAAGACAUCCUGAAGCUAGAACAGCAGAAUUCCCAUCAAGUUUUCCACCAACAAGGUUUCUAUCUCUCUGAUCAGGAUGUCCCACUCGAGUCCUCAAUGCAGUGCGUCCACAGCGCACUGAAGACCCUGGAUAUUCAGUGUGGUGUGGAAGGACCUUCGAAACUCUCCGUCAAGCCAAAGGAGUUUGCGGCGUUGCGAGGCUCCUGUUGCUCCCCACGCGUGGAAGCAGACCGAAGUGAGGAGCCAGGGCCCUGUGUCCACGGUGACUCCCUGGACUUCAGCAGUAAAAGUGAGGAGUUGCUUUGUGGGAGGCCGAAGGCAGCACAGAGGCAGCGCAGGAAACCGCGAGUCCUUUUCUCUCAGACGCAGGUGUUCGAGUUGGAGCGGCGAUUCAAACAGCAGCGCUACCUGUCGGCACCUGAGCGCGACCACUUGGCCAGCCUGCUGAAACUCACCUCCACCCAGGUGAAAAUCUGGUUCCAGAACCGAAGAUAUAAGUGUAAGCGACAGAGGCAAGACAAGUCCCUCGAAUUGGCGGGACAGCCGCCUCCACCGCGAAGGGUGGCGGUGCCGGUGUUGGUGCGGGACGGGAAGCCCUGCCUUGCGGGAUCCCAGGCCUACAGUGCCCCGUACAACGUGACAAUGGGCACCUACCAGUACAACACCUACUAUAGCGGCUAUGGAAAUAACCCGUACAACUGUAGUUACCCAGGGGUGACCGCCGGACCAAGUGGCACACAAGCCAGCAGCCACGCUGCGAACAUGAACCUGAGCAUGGGCAAUACAGACGGGCCCUUGGGCCCACAGGGGCAUCUACAGGCCACGCUACAGGGGAUCAGGGCCUGGUGAGGACUCCUACAUAUGGACACUCUUCAUGUCCUGAAGGCUGUCUGUUAAAUAACAUGGCAAAUAUAUAUGACUUGAAAUUGCAGAAUAUCUGUUAUGAACCUUCAUUGAGCUGUUUUUGUUUUGGAUGGCUCUCUCACCAUUAUGGUCACUAAUUCAUUUCUGGUGAACUGCGGUCAUCAAAGUGGUGCAAGAUUUCGGGUAAUGAACCCCACAACCUGUGAAUGUAUAG